CAGAUAAGUCCCAAAAGCACUUUCUCCUUCACUUUCCCCACCACCUCUCCCCCAAUGUCCUGUACUCAUGUACUCCUGUUUCCCCCAAUUCCUUCCCACCACCGGCCACCUCUAGCGUAUCGCCUGGUCCUUCCAUGCCAUGCCUGCUGGUCCCCCAACCCCCCAUCUCCAAGCUCUUUCUCUCCCUGCUGGCUCCCCAUCUUCACCUCGUGGCGGCAUCUGGUCAUGCACCUCGGCCACAGCGCAGCUCGAGCAGUCGACGGGGUGGAGUGGCCUCGGCAGCGGCACGGAUUGGACUCGGCGACGGUGGUAUACUUCCGGUCAGUCUCUCGUCCGGAUCUACUUCCGACAAGCCUCUCGUCCGGAUCUAGGGCCUUGCAGCGGUAAUCACUGGAUCUGGGGUCUCCGCGGCUGGAUGCCCUCUCCUGCUUCGUCGUUGCGGUGGCAAUCACCAGAUCUGGGGCCUCUGCGCCUGGAUUCGGUUGAUGGGAGUUUUGGAGCGAGGAUGGAGGUGUGUUUGAGAAUAAUCACCCCUCGUCUGCUGACUCGUCCCCAUCGCCCGACCGGUCCACGGGGUUCCAGGCAACAUGCAUCGCGGCGUCUCGGCAUGGAGGGUGCACAGUGUUGGGGUUCAGCUACGGCAGCUUCGUGGUGUUCGUUGCCUGCUGUGGGGUGCUUUGUGUUGUGGAUAGUGGGCGUGGACCAGAAGCUGAUUAUGUGUUUUCACCGCGCGAAAUUGGAUCCAAGAGUGGGGAUGGUGAUGCAGAUGGCGUGGUACCAGCAUCAAGCAUGUGUGAUGGAGCUGUGCAUUUAUAUUGUGAUAGGAACUCAGAAACUUCAACUACCAAGACAGGAGAUCAAGAUGUCUAGAAUGGCAUUGUGAAUUUGUGAUCCUCAAUACAAUUGAAGUUGUUCACGGAGCUGCUCUUGGCACGAUGGCUUCUUUGGUGAUGGAGCAGAGCUCUUAGAAUGUCUUUUGAUCACACCACAAGAACGAAUUUUAUUUGUGGUACCAGUUUUGUUUGUAUAUAUAGGAGGAUAGGAUGUAUGCAGCGUUCUUGUGGUGUUCGGAUGUAAAAUUGGGGGUUCUUUUGGUGUUCGGAGAGCGAUUUGGGUGGGAAUCGGAGUCGGAAAAAAAAUUGCUACGGAUGCGAUCUGAGAAAGAGAAAAAAACCGUGCGGGGAAGAGCGAUCUGGGUGGGAAUCGGAGUUGGAAAACAAAAUCGCUACGGAUGCGAUCUGAGAAAAAAAAACUUUGCGAGAAAAAAA